AUGACUGAUGUUGCCAACGCUGUGUACGAUGGUGUGGAUUGCGUCAUGCUUUCGGGCGAGAGCGCCAACGGCGACUUUCCAGAUACGGCGGUGCGGACCAUGGCUGCCAUCGUUGCAAAUGCGGAGGUCGGCGUGGACUACUAUUCGCAAUACAGCUUUAUCCGGUAUUGGGCAACUAAGGGCAACGAACUGGCGAUGGAGCCCGCAGAGUGCAUGCUAUCUUCAGCCGCAUCCAUGGCGGUUGGUUUUACCGAGGACACGACGCCGGAGCCGUCUGCGAUAUCAUUGACGAUCUUGGCCUUCAGGCGUGUCGCACGAAGUACUGCCGUCACGCUUGUUGUGGUGCUGACCGAGAAUGGUCGUGCUGCCAACCUGAUAUCAAAGUAUCGCCCGCCAUGCCUCGUGGUGGUGGCCAGCACCAACGCACAGGUUCUUCGGCAAGCUAGCGUCAGCUUCGGCCAGGUGCCACUACUACUGGAGAGCCUGGAGAUUGAGUCAGAGGAGCUAGCGGAGAAGGCGUUGGAGAAGGUCCGCAGCCUGGGCCUUCUGCCGCCCUUUGCGCACGACUGCCGAAUGAUUGUUGCGCGCGGCCGCCACACUGGCAGCGCUGACUCGGACCCCAUUGUCACGGUCGUCAAGCCAGGUGGCUCUGGCCUUAAACGGAGAAACUGGAGUACAGGCAACACGCUAUACACGCCAUCGGGUGUGCCCAUCCAGCGGCCUGGCGUGCGGAGCCUCCGCAGCACGCGAACCAAUCUGCCGCUCAUUACCGCGCCAGUAAAGCAUGGCCGCUCCACCAAGCUGGAGACCAUGGGCAAGCUGCUGGACGCGGGCAUGGACAUUAUUCGGCUCAACUUUAGCCAUGGGGACCACAAGGGUCACUACGAGGUGCUGGAGAGGUUCCGGAAGGUCUGCAAGCAGAAGCAGGAAGAGCUCCAAGCGCAAGGCGUCAAGGUGGUACCGCAUUGGGCCUGCCUGCUGGACACCAAGGGCCCUGAGAUUCGCACUGCCAUGCUGCGGGGAGCCAAGGAUAUUGAGCUCGUUGCUGGACAGAGCAUCCUCAUCGAGGCAGUCGGAGCGGCGUACACCACCUGGGAGGGCUACAAGGACGAGGAAACCGGUGAGACCCGCAUCGGUCUGUCGUAUGACAAGCUUUGCAGCAGCGUGCAGCAGGGCAACAAGAUCCUGCUGGCGGACGGCAGCAUCUCGAUCCUCGUAGAGGAAAUCCUCAGCACGAAACUCCUCCGAGGUACCGUGCUGAACACCAAGAAAUUGGGUCAACGCAAGAACUGUAACCUGCCGGGUGUGAAGGUGGAGAUUCCGGUGCUGACGGAGAAGGACAUUGAUGACCUGCAGAACUUCGCCGCGAAGUAUGAUAUGGACUACGUAGCCGCGUCUUUUGUGCAGAGUGCGGCUGACGUCCAGUUCAUUCGUAGCGUUCUCGACGAUGUGGGGGGCAACCGCGUCAAGAUCAUCUCUAAGAUCGAGAACGCUGAGGGCCUGGUGAACUACGACGAAAUUUUAAAGGAGAGCGAUGGCAUUAUGGUGGCGCGCGGCGACCUGGGCAUGGAAAUUGCGGCAGAGAAGGUGCCCCUGGCGCAAAAGAUGAUGAUCACCAAAGCCAACAUCGCGGGCAAGUUCAUCAUCACCGCCACCCAGAUGCUUGAGUCCAUGAUCACCAAUCCCAGGCCGACUCGCGCCGAGAUGACAGAUGUGGCCAAUGCAGUGCUUGACGGUACCGACUGCGUCAUGCUGUCGGGCGAGACUGCCAACGGCUCCUUCCCAGAGGCGGCAGUGGCCACCAUGGCCGCCAUCUGUGUCAAUGCAGAGCAUAUGGUGGAGACUACAAAGCGGUUUAAUUUUCUCCGCAAUCAUACGCCAAAACCGAUGACGGGCGCUGAGGCCGUGUGCAGCGGCGCCGCCAUGACAGCCAUUGACAUUGACGCGAAGCUUAUGGUUUGCAUCACCACAUCGGGGCGUGCGCCGGCGCUAGUGUCCAAGUAUCGCCCGCAGGUUCCCGUUAUGGUUGUCACGCCGGACGUGCAGCUAGUGCGGCACUGCAGGUCCAUAUUCGGGCAAAUGGGAGUCCUUGCCAAGGACGUCGAGAACGUGAGCAUCAGCGAGCUCGUGGAAACGGCGGUUUCAGCAGCGCGCGCUCUGGGCCUGGCGGAUGUCGGGGAGGGCGAUCAAUUGGUGGUGCUGCAAAGGCGCAAAGCCAGCUCAGCGACGCAGAUCUACGAUGAUCAACGCCUGGUGGCCCGUGUAUUGGUGUACGGGAAGCCGACGACCGCUGAGUACAGCCACACUUGCUACCCUGGGGACACAAUUGUCUUCCACAGGUCUACCAAGGUUGGGCUUGACACAAUUCUAGAGCAGGAGAAAUGGAAGUUUAUUGUACGCAAGACCAAAAUCAUUUGCACGGCGGGCCCAGCGUGCUGGUCGGAGGAGGGGCUUGCCAAGCUGCUAGAUGCGGGAUGCAACGUACUGCGUCUCAACUUCAGCCAUGGCGACCACGAGGGCCAUCUGGCGGUGCUGCAGCGCUUCCGCAAGGUGUGCGCUGAGAAGGAACUUCACGCAGCCUGCUUGUUGGAUACCAAGGGUCCCGAAAUACGCACCGCUAUGCUGCGAGGCGGCAAGGACAUUGAGCUGGUGGUCGACCAGAAAGUGACCAUUCACGCAGUGGGAGACGAGUACACCACCUGGGAGGGCUACAAGGAUGAGGAAACGGGCGAGACACACAUUGGACUCUCGUAUGCCAAGCUUUGCAGCAGCGUGAAGCCCGGCAAUCGCAUCCUGCUAGCGGACGGCAGCAUCUCAAUUCGCGUGGAGGAGAUCGUGGAUGACAACAAGCUAAUUGGCACCGUAUUGAACACCAAGAAGCUGGGUCAGAGGAAGAAUUGCAACCUGCCAGGUGUCAAAGUCGACAUUCCGGUUUUAACCGAGAAGGACAAGAAUGACCUGCAGAACUUCUGCGUCAAGCAUAACAUGGACUUCGUGGCGGCCUCCUUUGUGCAGAGCCAGCAGGACGUGCUCUUCAUCCGCAGUGUCCUGGACGACGCAGGCGGCACGAAUGUUAAAAUCAUUUCCAAGAUCGAGAAUGCGGAGGGUUUGCGGAACUUCGACGAGAUUCUGGAGGUUACGGACGGCGUCAUGGUUGCACGCGGCGACCUGGGCAUGGAGAUUCCUGUGGAGAAGGUGCCUUUGGCACAGAAGAUGUUGAUUACGAAAGCUAGCAUCGCCGGCAAGUUCGUGAUCUGCGCGACCCAGAUGAUGGAGUCCAUGAUUACGAACCCAGUUCCAACACGCGCUGAGAUGACUGAUGUGGCAAACGCCGUAUGGGACGGAGUGGACGCGGUAAUGCUCUCGGGCGAAAGCGCGAAUGGCGCGUACCCUGCGCAAGCCGUCGAGACCAUGGCCCGCAUCGCGCGUUCUGCGGAGAUUGGUGUCAACUUCUACCAGUCUUUCGACUACAUCCGGAAAUUUACGCCCAAGCCUGUGGGGCCGAUCGAAGCCAUCUGCUCGACACUUGCCAAGAAUGCCGUUGACAUUCGGCCCGGCAUGAUCGUCGUAUUCUCGGAGGGUGGCAAGGUGGCUCGCUUACUGGCCAAAUAUCGGCCCUUCGCGCCUGUGCUGGUGGUCACAAGCAACGCGUCGUUGGCACGAUACUGCGCCGCGUUGUUUGGCUGCUAUCCCAAGCUGCUGCGGAUGCCCAUCCGGGAUGUCACAGGCAUGCAGACAGCGUUGGUGGAGGCCAUGGCUUAUGGCGUGGAGCGUGGCCUGUGCGUCGCGGGCAAAGAGGCAAGUGGGGUGCUCGUGCUGAUCAGCAACAUGGUAGCGCGCGGGGGAAGCCUGGACUCAAUGGACACGCUGCCAGAGCGUGAGAGCUUUGUCACUAUCGCACCGGGUGCCCUGAACAUGGACGCGCUGGGCUCGUUGGCGUAUAGCAGCUCCGCCUUGGACCCCAAGUUCGUGGCCAAAACCAUCUCUUUGCGGUCUACGACCAUUGACCUGCCCAUGCUGGUCAGCAGUGACAGCCCGGUCCGUAAGACAAAGCUGGGCUUCACCGUGGGUCCCGCCUGCAGCGACCACGAGGUCCUGAGGCAGCUUGUGACCAGUGGCGCUAACAUCGCGCGGUUUAACGUCGCGCAUGGCACUAUGCAAUGGCAACAGGAGAUGUACGUGAAAUUGCGGAGUAUCUGUGCCGAGGAAAAACGAACAGUGGCUGUGAUGCUGGACCUGGAGGGUAGCGUCAUGCGCACAAGCUAUUUAAUCGACCGGGAGACGCGGAAGCCCAUCGAUAAGAUUGAGCUCCAGGUGGGGGACAAGGUUGAGAUGUACGGCACAGAUGAUACAUCACCGUCACACUUCGUGGGGUACAAGGCUGGUGACAAGGUGCGGAUUGGCGUAUCGCUUGCGGAUCUGCCAGACUGCGUCAAGGUGGGAGGGCUAAUUCGUAUCCAGGACGGCCUCAUCAACAUUGAAGUGACGUCCGUGCGGCCCGGUGGCCCUGUCAAUGGCGUUGUCCUCAACCACGCCUUCCUGUAUCCCCGGAAGCCAGUGCACUUGGUGGGGGUCACCAUCCAUGCAGCGGUGCCUGUCGCUGGAGACGUGGAGGCCAUCUCAGAAUUCGCCCUCACAAACCAGGUCGAAUUUAUCGCAAUUGGAGCUAGUGGCCGGAAUGACCUGGCAGCUGUUCGCGGCUUCCUUGACGACAAUGGAGGCGAGACAAUUAAGCUGAUCGCCAAGAUUGAGAGCGAAGACUCGCUUCGUAAUCUGGACGAGAUCUUGGAGGCUGCAGACGCAGUGAUGCUGGCCCGCGGCAAGCUGGGAAUGGUGGUGACACCAGAGAAGGUGGCGCUUGCCCAGAGCGUCGUUGUAACAAAAGCAAACGUUGCGGGCAAGCCGGUUAUCAUCUCCCGCCAGAUGCUGGAGUCCAUGGUGGGCAACCCCAGGCCGACCCGCGCCGAGAUGACGGAUGUGGCCAAUGCCGUGCUCGAUGGCGCCUCCUGCCUUAUGCUGUGCUCCGAAACUGCCAUUGGCGCCUUUCCGGCAGAUUCCCUCCGCACGGCCGCCAACAUUGUGCGCAACGCGGAGCACGCCACCAGCUACGCAUCCAUGCACUCGUUCAUCAGGGACUUCUCUGCCAAGCCAUUCAAUACGGUGGAGGCGGCCGCGGUGGCGCUGGCCAAGGCCUGCAUGGACGCCAAACUGGGACUGUGCGUGGUGGUGUCGGACAACGGCGAGGCCGCUAACAUCGUGACAAAAUACCGGCCGCCCGUACCUCUGGUGGUAGUGUCAAGCCAUCAGUCCGUCGUGUCGCAGCGGGAGGUCUACUUUGGACAGGUUGGCUACCUAGUACCCGAGACAGUAGUACAUGGAGACAUCGCCGAAGUGCGUGGCUUAGUGGCCGGCGUGGCUGCAUUUACACAGUCCAAGGGUUUGUGUGGCGACGGCACUACCCUGCGAGUAGCCGUCAUGACCGGUAGCGCCAACAUGGAUGUGGUGUACAACGCCAUCGUGCAAAUUCUGGAAGUGUAGGCGGAGAGUCCGGUCAAUCAUAUUGCAGAAAUCAGUAAAAAUAAGCCUUCUCCUGUGGGUUCCAUGUCGUGGGGCACGAUGUUGCCAGGUAAUCAUUCUGUCGGUUCUCGGUUAUCCGUCUCUGACAUGUGACCAUCCUGGUCGUACUGGUUACAUUAUCCUGGGACAGUUAGCGGGAUCCGCGUGCGUAGUAACGGUGGGCCAAAUAAGGGGCCGCCUCUUCUUCGGAAGCAAUGGAGAUGGCUCGUCCAUACGUUCUAAAUUGCGCACAUUCGUAUAAAUCAAUUACUCGGUUGGGGCUGUGGUUGGCCCGCGUGACGGCAGGCAGGUGGGGCACCUGCCUCUCGCUUUAGUAUGGAUUCCUUGCAAGUGCCCCCAAGCGUACAGCGAACUCCGUUAUGUGGCCUCCCGUUGUGACAUAAGGUGUAUCUGGGCAUGGAGCGGCGCGAGCCCGCCCAUGCCCACGGGGCUGUGAUAUGCCCGGUGUGGUCAUGCCUGAUGUCGUGAUCUGUGGGUUAAGCACUUCCCGCCAUAACUGGCCGCCGAACUGCAAUGGGUUAGAAAACACGCAGCAUUGGUCUAUGGUCGCAAUUUAUUAGGCACGCGCCAUGUCAAGAACCUCAUGCCUUCGGACCUGUGUCUCGUUAUUCUUUUGCGCUUCAGUGUGAGCAGUGAGGAUUUGUGGCACUCUGUCCCAGUGCGGUAUAGCGUCAUGUACAUGUGCAUCACUUAGCGUAAUGAACGGUUAUAACUUUGCGGUAGUGAUGGCUGGCGGAGUGACGAUUAUGUCAUUUUGGACGUGCUGACAACCGGAGAUUGACGGACAUAAUUAAAAUCGGAAGCGUAUGCGUGCACGGAUUGGUAGAGGGGGCUAGUAAGGUGCCGCUCCCCCAGCAGGAUAAUCAUGGUAGUUAGUUGGCCCAACAGGGCCUGUCUGCGCAAGGAUGGCUGAAGUGUAGAGUGGGCAGGUGUUAUUGGAGUUACGAGCCCAGAAGAUUGCGCCUUUUCAUAUCGAAUCUGUUUUAUGGUGAUGUGCGGCACAGCUGUCGAGGACUGUCGUCGCGCCUAGCAUUGUCCGCCAGUCCUGGACGUUUAUCCUGGCGUACUGCUCUGGUUAAGAAUGAUUACCGCCCUUGGGAUUCUUUCGUAGUUUGGCAGGCAGCGUCUUUCAUGACCGGCCGCUACAGCGGUGUAGGGCUUCUUGGCGUCGACGUGGAGAUCAAUUGUUUCGGAUGUAGCAUUGCCGUUGCGUUUCGAGACGCAACUGGCAUAAGAUUAUCGUGUGCACUGCGAUGUAAGCCCUGCGUGUCCUUUCGUGCGUACUAUUACAGUGUAACCAAGAGCUCAUCAGCUACCUG